AUGUCCGUUGCAGGGAGCACGGAGAAGCCCGAGGGGCUCUACACUCUCAUCAAGCACUUUGCACUCAAUCCCACGGAGAAGCCCGAGGAACUCUACUCCCUCAUUGAGCACUUUGCUCUCGGGCGGCGGCGCAUCGAAUUAUUUGGCGCUGACCACAAUAUCCGGGCAGGCUGGCUGACCGUGGGGAAAUCUCUCACCUCCUCAAACUUCAACCCGCAGACCUACUGCAAGCUCUUUGCCGGACCUGACGGCAAGGUUUGGCAAGGCACGGGCCGAGGCAACCCCCCACCUGGAGCGCCGCACCUGCUGGUUACCACGCCUGAGAUCGAGGCUCUCCGGCCCAACUUUCCUCUUUCCCGCGCACAAGCGUUUGCACCCGUUCCCGCAGCCGCGGCUCGACCUUCCAAUUCCCGCCAAAAGCUGUCCCUCGUCUCCGGCUUUUCAGGAGCUAGGGUCAGGUUUGCUGAACCAGGAUCGCUAACCAACGGCGUUGUGCCACGUGUUGGGAGGCCCUCCCAACGUCCUGGCCUGCUGGUUACGGCCACGUGGCUUGAAAACAAGGCCGUGGUGGAUGCGCCAUCUGUCCCUCUCCCAUUGGCCUUCGACCUGUGGUUGGACCGAGAGCUCAUCCCUUCCUGGAUGCCGUGGAUUGCUUCAGUAAAAAUGCGUGACGACAAACCAGAGCUCUCCACGUGGACCCUCCGUUACAAUGCAUUUGGGCAGAACCUCGAGUUCUCCUGGCUCGCCAAGAACCUGCAGCCCAUCCACCAUCAGAAGAUCCACUGGCGAUCACUGGAUGGUCUUCCCAACAGGGGCGCCGUCCGCUUCUUCCCCAGCGGACCCAACGGCUGCAAGCUGGAGAUGACCAUUUCUUACGAGGUGCCAGGGAUUCUCGUCCCCGUCGCAAAUAGCCUAGCCCCGUUGGUGCAGAGCAUCAUUCAGGCCGACCUCGAGCGGUUUGUGGAGUUUGCCAAAAAGAGAGUUCAGCAGCAAAGGGUGUAA